AGAGUGCCUGCCCACAAUGUUCGAACUGAUGUGGGAGAAGCGCACAUGCGCAGUGGUGCCAGAGGUGAUGCAUGGCGACAUGUCGCUUCGGACCGCAUCCAUCGGGACCCCCCACUGCAAUUCCGCCACAGGGGUAUGCACAUGCCUUCCGGCUUCUGGGUCCUUCGCCAAAGGGCAGGGGAAAAAGAACCCUGCGAGCAAGUGAAGUUUGACCAGCAGCUCGUCGCAUGGAAGGAGCUCAACCUCUGUUGCGGUGAGCUCGGUACAUCUACUUCAGACAUGAUGCGUGUGUGGUGCCAUGGCGCGAAGCGAUCAUCAGCAUGACGUGCAGCAUUCAAAGAGCUUUUUUUAGCCCGACGGGGUCGGGAUUUGCUCAGAGGCAUACUACUUCCUUCUUCAAGUUCCUUCUAUCAAUCUGGAGUGAACCAUAAUCAGAUAACGCCGAUCUCAGAUAACGCCGAUCCUUGCAAGUGAAAUAACCAAUUUGCAGUUUGUUUGGAUGGUGUCAUGACUCAGGCGUGAAUAUUCUUUGGGGGUCGACCACAAUAGUAUGGUACGGUAUCAAUGUUAGAUCAAUUAUCACAUCUUACGUUUUUUUAUGUUACUUGUACUUCCUUGAUAAAAUUGAAUUACAUAUU